UGCGGCGAGCAGCCGCACGGCGGGGCGAGCCGAGCGCUGAGCUCACCUCCCGCUCCCUCCGCCUCCCCGCCCGCCUCCUCCCUCCCUUCUCCCUCCCUCCCUCCCUCCCUCCCGCGCCCAGCCUGCAGCCGGGAUCUCAGUAUUAUGGCAUCGAGGAGAAUGGAGACCAAACCCGUGAUAACGUGUCUGAAAACCCUCCUCAUCAUCUACUCCUUCGUCUUCUGGAUCACAGGUGUUAUCCUUCUCGCAGUCGGCGUCUGGGGCAAGCUCACUCUAGGCACGUACAUCUCUCUCAUCGCUGAGAACUCCACCAAUGCUCCCUACGUGCUCAUCGGAACGGGUACCACCAUCAUUGUCUUCGGGCUUUUCGGCUGCUUUGCCACUUGUCGUGGCAGCCCAUGGAUGCUGAAACUGUAUGCCAUGUUCUUGUCCCUGGUGUUCCUGGCUGAGCUAGUGGCUGGCAUUUCAGGGUUUGUGUUUCGCCACGAGAUCAAGGAUACCUUCCUUAGGACAUACACUGAAGCAAUCCAGAAUUACAACAAGAACGAUGAGCGGAGCCAUGCAGUGGAUAAUGUACAAGAAAGCCUGAGCUGCUGUGGCAUUCAGAGCUAUACCAACUGGAGCACCAGCCCUUACUUCUUCAAACAUGGCAUCCCUACAAGCUGUUGCAUGAACUCCAGUGACUGUAAUACUCAGGAUCUGCGCAAUAUGACCGUGGCUGCCACUAAAGUAAACCAGAAGGGCUGUUACGAUUUGGUGACCAGUUUUAUGGAGACAAAUAUGGGAAUUAUAGCUGGAGUUGCUUUUGGGAUUGCGUUCUCACAGUUGAUCGGGAUGCUGCUGGCGUGCUGCCUGUCCCGGUUUAUUACUGCUAACCAGUACGAGAUGGUGUAACAAGUUUUCUUCUUGAAGGGAGAGGGCGAAAUACCUGCUGUCAGCAACCGAGCCAACCCGGCGCUUUCCUUUUGUCCCCCCCCAUCUAGUAUUUCAGAAGCGCGACGUCCAGAGCCCGUCUCAGGACCAGGACCUGCAGCAGCACCCAAGAAAGACUGACACGAAUGUUAUAGCACACACCGUCUCUCGCACGCACGCACACCCCCCCACCACAAGCAAGCACGUGCGCACGCGUGCGCGCUCGCCGCCCCCCCGAAUUCCCGACCUCUGCCCCCCGUGUAGUGUUACCACCAUCCUGUGAAGUCCCACCGUGCCGCCGAGAGCCGCCGGGACCGCUCGGCCUCCACACCCGACCUCCGUGCUGGCGGCCGGGCGGGGGACGCGGCGCCGUCCGUCUGCUCCUUGUCACGCAGUAGUUGCAUUGUAAGUUAACACAGGUAAUUAAUUCAUUAACAGCAUCGACCAGGCUGUGCAUGUAGUGACUGGAGGGCGCGAUUAGCCUUUCGCCAUGGUUAAUAAGUGUUGCACACGUUCAUAUAAGACCGGUAUAUGAAAUAUAUAUUCUUUUGGUUUUACCUUAAUUUCUUGGUUUGUUUAUUGCUUUACUAAGGUUUUCACCCUUUCCCCCUUCCCCGCACCUGCUCCCCGUCCCCAAAAACAAAAGGAAUCGGUAACAUAACAUAAAGAUACUUGAAAAUGAUGUUAAAAUGUUGUGCUUGAAGGGAACCGUUGCUCCUGGUGUUCUUCUACAUCUUUGAUUCUUACUCAGUGUUGUAUGCCUAGUGCGUAUCCCGGUAGGCUUUGUCUAGUGCAUUUUGCCUCUGAACCUGAUCCUGUGUAAUACUGUUACUAAGCUGUGUUGUUGCUUACCGUGAAGGCAGUAAUUUUGCUUCCUUUAUUUUUAUUAGAUAGCUAUGAACUAACUGAACCGUGCUGUACUGCGGCCUUCAGAUUUUUUUUUCCCGUCCUUUCUUUUUCUUUCUUUUUGCAUUGAGGUUGCAGCCACCAAAUACGUUGUUGAAUCAAAUCAAAAUAAAAACAACAAAAAAAAUCACAAAAAAAAACAACAGGCAUAUGAAAUAUUUUUGGGGGAAAGCAAAAGUUUAAAACCUUUUUAAAAAAUAGGACUUUUUUAAUAAUGCCUCUGUCUAGCAUGCCAACGAGAAUGCAUUGAUAUUGUGAGUAUUUGUGAUAUACGUAUUAAUAAAUGGAACCAUUACAGA